CAAAAUCACUGCUGUCAAGGAUUUAAAGAUUCAGUGCAAAAUAUAGCGAGAGGCAAAGUGCUUGGAGGAACCAGUUCAAUUAACUUUCAUGCAUAUGUAAGAGGCAGCAAGCAUGACUAUGAUAUGUGGGCAGAGAUGGGCAACACUGGAUGGAGUUAUGAGGAUGUGCUUCCUUACUUUAAGAAAUCUCAAACACAACUAGACCCAGAUUUACAGAAAUCAAAAUACCAUGGCAACUCAGGACCUCUACAAGUAUCUCCUGUACUUAGACUAGAGGGAACAGAGUAUGUACACAAAGCAGCAGUUGAAGCAGGCCUUGAAAUAUCCAAGGAUUUCAAUGGAGAAGAACAACUAGGUAUGAGUUUCAACCAAGUGACUGUAGACAGUAAAGGAGAAAGAUCCAGUACUGCAACUGCUUUUCUCUAUCCAGUUAUGCACAGAGAUAACCUGCAUAUUGCGACAAAGGCUCAUGUCACUAAAGUGCUUCUAAAAGGAAAAAAGGCUGUUGGCGUGGCAUUCAUCAGGGACUUGGUAAAGAGAAAAGUGAAUGCAAGAAAAGAGGUGAUAAUUUCUGCCGGUGCUAUUGGAUCACCGCAUAUUCUUUUACUUUCUGGUAUUGGACCAAAGAACCAUUUGGAGGCAAUGAAUAUCCCAGUGGUCGCAGAUUUGCCAGUUGGGGAGAAUUUACAAGACCAUAUUGCAGCUCAGCAUAUCAACUUCCUCACUAAAGCUCAAACAAUAACAGAGGAAGACAUUAACUCCUGGCAAGAAAGAUUGAAAUAUUAUUUGUUUGGGACAGGUGUUAGGAGGAGAACUAUGGGUGAUAUGCUUUACUAUAUGAGGACUUCACAUCAACCAGCUUUCCACAAAUUCCCAUAUAUACAAAUUUUAAUCAGUCCAGCAUUAGUUGGAGAUAUAUGGAAAGACAUAUUAGGGAUCCGUGAUGAGGCUUGGAUAGAUAAUGAGUUUGAAGGCAAGAUGGGUAUCUCCUUUGUUGUUGUGCUACUUCACCCAGGUAGUAAUGGGACCAUUAGAUUGAGAUCUACUGACCCAUUUGAUCAUCCCCUGAUUGACCAAAAAUACCUGAAGGAUCCAGUUGAUGUGAAACAUUUAGUAGAAGGAAUCAAGGUGAUGACUGAAACACUUCCUAAAACUCAAGCAUUUAAAGAUGGGGGAUUUCAAAUGAGUACUAAACAUCACCCAUUAUGUACUACACAUGCAUUUAAUAGUGAUCCAUACUGGGAGUGUUAUAUUCGUGCAACCCCUCUGCAUUUAUACCAUCCUACAAGUACUUGCAAGAUGGGCCCUGAAUCUGACAACAACUCUGUUGUUGAUCCACAAUUAAGAGUGAAAGGAAUUGAAAAUCUGAGGGUAGCGGAUGCAUCAAUCAUGCCAUUCGUCAUCUCUGGAAAUACUAAUGCGCCAUCUAUCAUGAUUGGUGAGAAGGCUGCAGAUUUGAUACGAGGAAAAACAACAGUAUGAACUCUUUUAACAAUACAAUGAUGACACACAACCAUUAUAGAAAUCAACCUUGAAGGUCAAUUCCUUGAAAUGUGUAAAAUAAAGAUCCAUUUUGCAAAUGGAAUUCAGAAAUCUGUUUUUCUUUAACUAUGAUGUCAAG